AGGACAUGCAGCAAUUUCCAACAUUUGUCUCUUCGUUGAUGUUAUCGUCUAAUGACGUCUAAACCAGAUCCAAUAUUGUGAUAUUCAACAAGGCUAUAAAAUACGGCCUUGAACUCUAAAUGAGGCAUAUACAUAAACGCAUAAAAAUGUGUUCAUGAAAUUUGUCAUAAACAAAAGUGAAGAUGCCACGAGCAAAACUUGUUAAAAAGUUAAUGCUUCCUUUUAAAAAAUGAAUGCACUUUUUGUUUUUUUCUUUUAGAAAAGGCUAUGUUGGUGAGAAAAGAGAAAAGGAAAUUCAAAGGUGGCCUUAAUGGUGUAUGUAUCUGAUUAAUUAAUAUGAGGCAGACAGUUUAUUUAACUUUAGUCAUGAUGUUUGACCUGAAAGGCUGUCUGUUCACUCUUAUCUGUGCGGGGUGAGCAGCAUACAAACCCUUGUGUAAACUAAGGUGUAAAUUUAUAGUUGGUUUGAAUGCACUGUCACACCAGUCCAUCUCAGCUGCAUCACAGCAGCAGGUGCAAAUUCACACUCUGGUUGUUACAGUGGUCAAAUUAAGAUCUGCACGGUCAGAGAUGAAGUUACUGACCUUUUACCUCUUUGGGAUUUUUGCUUUUGUGUCAUCCUCCACCUCAACAGAUGUGCAAAAGAUAACAAAUGCAAUUAAGAUGCGCAACUGGAAUGAAAUAUUCCAGAUAAAAGAUUUGACACGCAAUGUUCCGACCAAUAGGAAGGCACCUGAGUUCAUGAUGGAGUUAUAUGAUGCCGUUGCGGACUCGAACGGAACGCUGAAAAACUCGAAAGUGCUGGAAGGAAAUAUUGUUAGGAGUUUCGAAGGACAAUCCAGUGGCUCAUAUCACUUCUUUAAUCUGACAUCAUUCGGACAGGACGAGCGCGUGAUCAAAGCAGAAUUCCGAUGGUUUCGCCAGAAACAGCCUUUCAUGGGACGUCGUCGUUUUUACAAAGUUGAGCUGGAUGAAGUGCUGGACAGCAGACCUAAACCUUGGCGAGGAAACUUGAUAAGUGCAAGGUUAUCGCCUGUCUACACCAGAGGAUGGGAGGUAUUCAACGUCACACAAAUGGUGACCAAAUGGAUUCUUCACAAGAUAAAUAACGGUAUCCUGGUCGUGACUGCUUUACCUUCAGGUAACUGGUUUGAGUCCAGCAUUCAGAUGAACGGGCAGUCUGAUGAGACAAAUGCAUAUUUGGUUAUAUAUUCAGAUGAUGGACGAAAGCACUACCAACACCCACCUUUCUACACAGGGCAAAAUAUCAACGCAUCCCUUAAAUUCCUCGAGCCUACAGAAAGUUUAGUGAAGUCAACUAUGCGGAAGCGCAGGAGCAUGCGCACAUUAGCUUCUACAUGCCAGAGAACAAACCUCUAUGUAGACUUCACUAAAAUUGGCUGGUCAGGGUGGAUAAUAUCUCCUAGAGGUUAUAACGCAUACAGUUGCAUGGGCUCAUGUCCGUUUCCGCUGGGCGAAGGUCUACGGGCUACGAAUCACGCUACUGUAAGAUCCAUCAUGAAUGCGCUGAAACUAUCGCAGGAGGCGGGAAAACCAUGCUGCGUACCUGAUGCGCUUCACCCCAUCAGCCUCCUGUACUUCGACGAUGAGGAAAAUGUUGUUCUAAAACAGUACAACGACAUGGUUGCGGGCAGUUGUGGCUGCCAUUAAAAUACAAAACGGCAAGAUGUAAACUUAUCUGUUGAUGUCUACGGUUUGAAGCAUUACAUGUCACACUUCAAUCAAAUGUAAAUUUAGAUAGCAUUAAUAUAAGUUGUUAUUUGUAUGGGUAUUUGUAAGUCUAAACCAAAUUAAAGAUAUUAAAUGCAUGCAAUACGAUAAUGUCUUUUAUAAGUGUGAAACAGAUCUACCUCUAUCGUUGUAAGCCAUCUACUGUGACUGGAAAAUGGAAACGUCAUACUUGAAGCUCUGCCCACCUAUAGAGUUCAUCUACCACAACUCUAUUAAACUUGUUACAACUUUU